AUCAAACUAAUAUCAAUCAAACUAAAAGAAGCUGCCUUGGACUCUCCGACUUUUAGAACUGGUGUCAACUAUUUUAAUUCACAGAUAGAUCAUACAGAACAAUGGAUUGAAGGGUUGUUAAAAUCUUUAAGGAAAUAUCCGCAGCAAUUUAAUGAUUUUAAGGAAGUAAACAAUGUCUUAUUCAACCAAUUAAUACCCGACUUCUUAAAAGAUGGAUUAAUAAACCAGGACAAUUCUUCAUCGAUAUUAGAUACAAGCAAAACCAAUUUGAGCAGUUUAUGGGAGGGAAAUUUGAAAUUAUUAGAUGUUAAAGAGACGGAAAUUGUUCAAUUGCUUACCGAUCUUCAAAGAACACAUCUAAAGCAUUACAGAGAGAUUAGAAAAAACUUUGAAUUCUUUCAAAACAAAUUUGACUCACUGCUAUCCAAAUAUUCUUCACAGUCUAAAACCAAAGAACCUUCAGCUUUAAGAGAAGAUGCUUUCCAAUUGUUUGAAGUUCGGAAAUCAUAUUUAAACGCCUCUUUGGAAAUUUGUGUCGAGAUUUCAAAACUACAUCAAUCUUUAGACUCUUGCUUAGUGGAACUUGCAGAGUUAUUAUUUAAAGACAAAGAUUCCUUUGAUGAAAAAUACUUUGAAAAAGUUAAAGCUUGGUCUGGUGCAGUUGCUGAUUCAGUAAGCACGUUGCUGGGUGAUAUGAUUCAGUCUAAAAACCAAAUAGAAGACGCAACAAUAUCUCAAUUUGCACCAUCAAGAGAUUUAAUACAACAUAAUCCAGCAUUGAUAAAUCCUAACACAUUGACUGAUCCAGAUCCAGAGAACCCUGAUGAUAAAUCAUACGAAAAGCAUGGUUGGUUAUUCAUGAAAACUACUGUUGGUAAACCCGCCAGACAAAUUUGGGUUAGAAGAUGGGUGUUUGUUAAAAGUGGUAUUUUUGGUUUAUUUUCAAUAGCUCCUUCAAAGAAUUUCGUUCAAGAAACUGAUAAAAUUGGAGUGUUGCUUUCAAAUAUAAGGUAUGCCCCGGAUGAAGAUCGAAGAUUUUGCUUUGAGAUCAAAACUAUUGAUGCAACUAUCAUCUUCCAAGCUGAAAAUUUAAAAGAGUUGAAAUCAUGGUUACGUGUGUUUUCCUUAGAGAAACAAAGAGCUAUAGAAAAUUCUGACUCUGAAGCUGGUGAAUAUGCAUUUGGUCGUUAUCCACCUCUGUUGUAUGAGUUUGCAUCAACCUCUUUAACCUCUGUUGACCUAGAGUUAACCACAUCAAGAGCUGAAAAUACGAGAAAUGACGAUUCUCAAACAACUGUUGUCUCUUCAUAUUUAUCUCAACUUGUCGGUGGAAAUGAAAACCUUGAUUUCAGAUAUUCUGGGUCGGCUGGUGAAUUUCAAGAACCUGAUAUCAAUACUCCAAUAACAACCAAAAUGUCAAAGUGUGCAAUUUUGGCCCAUGCAUUUUUAGAUUCAACAGUUAUUCCAACCGCUGUUACUGCAAAUAUCUGGGGAAGUGUUAAUUGGGGAAUGUAUUAUGUUUCUGAUUCGUCAGUCCAACCCAAUAACAAAGCUAAAGCAAUACAAUCAAGAGAGAACAACUUGGGAUCACUUUCAAAAGCUGAAAGAUAUCCACAUUAUUACCCACAACACCUUAAAAAUUAUGACGUUCAAUUGAAAGCUUUGUUUGAUACUGGUAUUCCCAAAGAGGAACUUGUUGUAACACAUUUUUCAUGUUUAUGGUCAUUAAACCCCAAGCAAGAAUUAUCUGGUCGCUGUUUUGUUACAACUCAAAAUUGUUACUUCUAUUUGAACAGUACUGGAUUUGUUGCGUUGUUGAAGAAACCACUUGUCGAGUUAGUUGCUGUGGAUGUCACAGUUGAGAAGGAUUGGGAUACUUUGAAGGUUUAUGAUAUUGAAGGUUUAAACAUGAAGGGUCGUAUAUUUUUGGAUGAUGGAAGAUUAAUUCAAAAGAAAAUUGACCUUCUAAUUAACAAUCUGGCAAAGGACAAACCAAAACCUCAAAGUGAAAUUAUCCCAUUACUGGAAUCAAUAGAAAGUGAAGAAUUGCAAAAAUCUGAAAGAAAGCAAUCAUUGAGGAGAAAAGAUGGUGCUGAUAUUACACCACCACUUAAUAGUGAAUUACAGUCGUUCCAACCAUUCUCAGGUGUUGUUUCUCACAACAAAAGUAUGAAGACAAACUAUUACAAUGAAUUUGAUCAAUCCACUGUGAAGACGCUUGAUGCACCUGCAAAAGCUGUUUUCCAUAUGCUUUUUGGAGAUCAUUCUUCUAUUCUCAGAGAAGCAAUCACGUUCUUAAUUCAUGAUGAAUUCAUAACCACUCCUUGGUACCAGAAUGGCAGUGAGCUUACAAGAAACAUUACAUUCAAAAUGAGAUUAUCGAAAAAGUUGGUUAGCAUAAGGGAUAGUGAUGGUUCUGUUACAAGUGGAUACAUCCAAUCCAUUGAGGAUUUUGUCGACGGGAAAUAUUAUAGAAUAAGAGAACAAAGAAUACCAGUCAAACUUGCAUCGGGUGAUUCUAUUCAAUUAAUCAAAAAGUAUGUUAUUAUAGAAGUUGAUGCAAGAACCUCAAAGCUAUUUAUCUUUUCAAAAGUUGCACAUACUCAAAGCAGCUACAAAAGUUUUUUGGCCAGUUUCAUUAAAAGCUCCACAAAGCGUCUUGUGAAAGAUGAAGAUAAAUUAAUUAUUGAUAGCGUGGCAAAUAGCAUACAAAGACUAGGGUCACAUGGUAAAGUGAUCAAGGCAAUCAGAACUUAUGGUAAUUUAAGUAAAGCUGAAGGUAAAUAUACUGAACCAAAUACUUCUAUGUUUGAGUUUACUUUCAACAUGAUGCUAAAUUUUUAUCUCAAAAGAUUUUUUUACGUGUUUGCUGCAGGUAUUCUGGAGUUUUCAAAGCUUUUCUUUUCAGGAUGUUUCCGCUUAAUCAAGGCCUUGUCAAUGAAUAAGUUGAUUUUGUUAUUGCUUGGUAUAUCUGUGUUUUUCAAUAUUUUUCUAAGUGGAAGAUCAACAGUAUCAUUUUGGACUGCAAAGAGAGCUGAGCAUUUGGUUAAAGAUUUCGCUCAUGAGUUGAGUAUAAACAAAAUGGAGAGAUCAAUUUACUUGAAUGAUCUAGAUGCAUUGUCAGGUUUCAAUUUUAAUGAAAGUUCAGAAUGUUUUGAUAAGUUUAUGUCUUCUAAAAUUCGUGACGACUCUGGCUCUCAAACUGAUUCAAGAUUUAGAGAAGCUAGACAUCAAUUAGCUGUUAAAAGAAAUGAAUUGUUGGUGGAGCUCAAAAUUCUGGAAAAGGUGGAAAAAGAACUCGUUGCAGGAAGUUGGAAAAAUUUCCUUUUAUCAGAACUUCACCUUUGUAAAGUUUCUCUUGAUGAUAUG